AUACUAAACCUUCAGUGAACCGUUUCUAAGUAAUACACGCUGGAUCUACAGUGGUGCACUGUUAAUGAAAAGGUGCGGGAAAGGAGGUUUGCUGUGGACUAACGAAUGUGUUCAUUUUUCUUCGGUCGCCACAGGGAUAAGAAGACAGCGGUCACGCAAAUUGCGGUUGUCCUCUUAUAAAGUGCAGCGUUCUGCAACUCGCCCUAUUUCUUAGGCUGCCGAUCCAACUGAAGGGAAUGCGGAUGGCAAGCCGUCUGUGUUAGGGUCGUGAAUGGAAAGCGCCUGCAAGCUGCACUGUAAUAUCACCAUUCAGCGCAAAAACCUUGGUAUUGUUACCGUGUGAUUACCGGAGCGACAGCCCUUUGGAAGCGGAACAGCUGGGAAUGGAUGCCUUCUUUGCUGAGGGAGCUCGCGUCUGGGUGCGGGACAAGGAUCAGCUCCUGGCCUCCACGGUCAAUUCCUGCGACGAUGGCUCGCUCGUCCUCACCACGGACUACGGGGAGGUGCUCUACCUGCCGCUGGGGGAGGUCAGCAGGGAGAAGGUCUCCCCCAUGCACCAGAGCAGCGUAGACGGGGUGGAGGACAUGUCCGCCUUGGCGGAGCUGCACGAGGCCGCCAUCAUGCACAACCUCCAUCUGCGCUACCGCAAGGACUGCAUCUACACCAACAUCGGCUCCAUCCUGGCAGCAGUGAACCCCUACAAGCAGAUCAGCGGGCUGUAUGCCCCAGCCGCCGUGGACCUUUACAGCCGGCACCACUUGGGGGAGCUCCCGCCUCACAUCUUCGCCGUGGCCAAUGAGUGCUACCGCUGCUUGUGGAAGAGGCACGACAGCCAAUGUGUGCUCAUCAGCGGAGAGAGCGGUGCUGGCAAGACCGAGAGCACCAAACUCAUCCUGCAGUUCCUGUCCGUCAUGAGCCAGAACUCGACCGGGACGCCGGACUCCGAGAGGUCCACCCGCGUGGAAGAGGCCAUCGUGCAGAGCAGCCCCAUCAUGGAGGCCUUCGGCAACGCCAAGACCGUCUACAACAAUAACUCCAGCCGCUUCGGCAAGUUCAUACAGCUGCACUUUGGGCAGAGCGGGGACAUCCAGGGCGGCAGCAUCGUGGACUAUUUGCUUGAAAAGAACCGCGUGGUGCGGCAGAACCCCGGGGAGAGGAACUAUCAUAUCUUCUAUGCCCUGCUUGCCGGCACUAACAAGAAUCAGAGGGAACUGUACUUCCUGGAGGAUCCUGAGUGCUACUACUACCUAAGCCAGGCGGGAUGCCUGAAGGACAAGAGCCUGGACGAUAAGCAGCUGUUCGACAGCGUCAUGGAGGCCUUGAAGGUUAUGGAAUUCACGGAGGAGGAGAUACGGGAUGUCUUCAAACUGCUGUCGGGCGUGCUGCAGAUGGGAAACAUAGAGUUCAUGACAGCAGGAGGGGCUCAGAUCACGACCAUGGGAGUGAUCGACAUCGUGAGUGACCUGCUGGGUCUGGACUCUUUCCAGCUGUCGGAGGUCCUGACCCAACGCUCCAUAAUCCUGCGUGGGGAGGAGAUCUGCUCGCCCCUGACCAUAGAGCAGGCUGUGGACUCACGCGACUCUGUCGCCAUGGCGCUAUACUCCCAAUGCUUCUCCUGGAUCAUCAUGAAGAUCAAUCAGAAGAUCAGGGGGAAGGACAACUUCAAGUCCAUUGGAAUCCUGGACAUCUUUGGCUUUGAGAACUUCAAGGUGAACCGCUUUGAGCAAUUCAACAUCAACUAUGCCAAUGAGAAGUUGCAGGAGUACUUCAACAAGCACAUCUUCUCCUUGGAGCAACUGGAAUACAACAGGGAGGGGAUCCAUUGGGAUGCCAUAGACUGGAUGGACAAUGCAGAGUGUCUGGACCUCAUAGAGAAGAAACUGGGCAUGCUGGCUCUGAUCAACGAGGAGAGUCGCUUCCCCAAAGGAACCGACUACACGCUGUUGGAGAAGCUGCAUAGCCGGCAUGCUACUAACCCCUACUAUGUCAAGCCCAGAGUGACGGAUCACCAGUUUGGCAUCAAACACUACGCUGGAGAGGUCCUGUAUGAUGCGCGUGGGAUCCUGGAGAAGAACAGGGACACCUUCAGGGAUGACAUCUUAACUAUGCUGAAGGACAGUAGGCUGGACUUUAUCUAUGACCUCUUUGAGCGAGUUGGCAGCCGAAACGCCGAUGAGACUCUGAAGAUGGGAACCGCCAGGCGCAAGCCAACCGUCAGCUCCCAGUUCAGGGAUUCCCUGCACUCCCUGAUGGGGACCCUCAGUGCCUCCAACCCCUUCUUUGUCCGCUGCAUCAAACCCAACAUGGAGAAGAACCCAAAUAAAUUUGACCCGGAAGUGGUUCUGAAUCAGCUGCGGUAUUCUGGGAUGUUGGAAACGGUGAAGAUCCGUCGCGCUGGAUUCCCGGUGCGCCGCACCUUUAAGGAUUUCUUCGGCAGGUAUAAGAUCAUCUGGAUGAAGCCAGCGACGGGCGACAACAAAAAGAAGUGCACAGAUCUGCUGAUGUCACAUGACAGCGCCAAGAAGGAGUGGCAGCUGGGGAAGACGAAGGUGUUCCUGAAGGAGGUGCUGGAGCAGAGGCUGGAGAAGGAGCGGGAGGAGGUACGGCGGAGAGCGGGCAUGGUGAUCCGAGCCCACAUACUCAGCUAUGUGGCGAGGAAGCACUACAGGAAGGUCCUGUCCAGCAUCGUCACCAUCCAGAAGAACUACCGUGCGCACUUCUGGCAGCGCGUCUUCCUGCGGCUGCGUUGGGCUGCGCUCGUCUUCCAGAAGCACCGGCGAGGGCAGCUGGCCCGGGGGCUGUGCCGUCGCCUGCGCCAGGAAAAGGAGGAGGCGGAGAGGAGGAGGCGCGCAGAGGCGGAGAAGCUGCAGCAGGAGGAGCAGGCCCUGAAAAGGGCGCAGGAGGCCAGCCAGGGGCUGCAGAGUGCUGGAGACAGCGGGACUGAAGCGGACAAAGGCCCCCUCUGUCCCCAGGUGGAGGUGCGCUCAUUCUAUAGCCGGAUCCCCUCCGGCACCUCUGACGAGGAGCGCCGCCAGAUGGAGGAGAUCCUCGACCUGGAGCGAGAGAUCGCGCGGCUGCAGAGGCAGCGGGAGGACGGCAUGUCGCAGCUGUGCGCCACCUCCCGGGCCGAGCUGGAACAGCGACGGGACGCAGAGCUGCGCCGGCUGCGCAGGGAGGCCUCACGGGCUGCCACCCAGUUCCUAGAGAUGCUGGACUUCGGAAGCCUGGGUCUGGCCGCCUGCAGUGAGGAGGACCACACAUCUGGUCCGAUCCCUGGAGCAAAGACGGACGAGGCUCCCAAUGCCGGGGAUGUGCGUGUCUCUCUUCCCGAUUUACCGGCCCCCAUCGACGGCCUCGUGGAUCAGGACAUGUUGUUCAACUUGCCCCCUCCCCCACCCGACUUUGCAGAGGGACUCGUACCCGUUCCUCCUGCUGCCCCCUCGGAACUCCCAGACAUUGCCCCCGGCCCUGCAGGUGCCUCGGACUUCCCGCCUCCUCCAGCCCCGCCCUUGCCUCCCCCAGCCCCGCCCUUGCCUCCCCCAGUGUCCAGUGAGUCCACCAAGGAGGAAGACGACGGGGGUGACUACGAGACCAUCGACCAGGCCUCAACAGAGGAACCGAUCUACCACAACCCGCCAGACGCGGAGUCCGACUAUGACCACGAUGAGUUUGAGGAGGCCCAGGGCAGCUCCGGGGAUGCUGGCAGCACCAACGACGGUCACCUGACGGACGAGGAAGUGCUUCGCAAGUCCACCUGCACCAACCACAGCCAGGACUCCUAUCGCGGCAGCUCGGACUCUUUUAUUGACAGCGACGAUGACAAUGACGGGGGUGUGGACACGGACGAGGAGGUGUCCAACGGGAGGGUGAACCUGCUGAACGGAAACGGGCCCCCGUACUUCCACAGCUACCUGUACAUGAAGGGCGGCCUGAUGAACCCAUGGAGACGCCGCUGGUGCGUGCUGAAGGACGAGACGUUCAUGUGGUUCCGAGCCAAGCAGGAGUCCCUCAAGUCCGGCUGGCUGUAUAAGAAGGGCGGCGGCCUGUCCACCUUGUCUCGGCGCAACUGGAAGAUGCGCUGGUUCGUGCUGCGAGAGUCCAAGCUCAUGUACUUCGAGAACGACAGCGAAGAGAAGCUGAAGGGGACCAUUGAUGUCCGCACAGCCAAGGAAAUUGUGGAUAACCACGAAAAGGAGAAUGCUCUGAAUAUCGUGACGGAGGAGAGAACUUACCAAGUGUUCGCCGAGUCUCCGGAGGACGCCAGUGGCUGGUUCCACAUGCUGAGUCGGGUCCGCAGCGCAACGCCGGAGCAACUUCUGGAGAUGCAGCACGAACAGGCCAACCCCAAAAACGCUGUGGGAACACUGGAUGUUGGGCUGAUAGAUUCAGUCUGUGCCUCAGACAACCCUGACAGGCCCAACUCCUUCGUGAUCAUCACAGCCAACCGGGUCAUCCAUUGCAACACGGACACACCGGAGGAGAUGCACCACUGGAUCAGCCUGCUGCAGAAGCCCAAGGGAGACUCCAAGGUCGACGGGCAGGAGUUCCUGGUCAGAGGUUGGCUGCACAAGGAGAUGAAGUCUGGGGGCAAGAGCACCUCCCUCAAGCUGAAGAAGCGCUGGUUCGUGCUGAACAACAACUCCCUGGAUUACUACAAGUCCUCUGAGAAGAGUGCCUCCAAGCUGGGCACACUGGUGCUGAACAGCCUCUGCUCCGUGGUGCAGCCAGAGGAGAAGGUCUUCAAGGAGACUGGUUACUGGAAUAUUAUUGUCCACGGACGCAAGCACUCCUACCGUCUGUACAACAAGAUGCUAAACGAAGCCAUGAGGUGGGCUUCUGCCAUACAGGGCGUCAUUGACAGCAAGGUCCCCAUCGAGACCCCCACGCAGCAGCUCAUCCGGGACAUCAAGGAGACCAGCCUGAACCCGGAGGUGGUGGAGCAGACGUACCGGAGGAACCCAAUCCUGAGAUACACCCAGCACCCCCUGCACUCGCCACUGCUACCCCUGCCCUACGGGGAGGUCAACGUCACCCUCCACAAGUCAAAGGGCUAUGCCAGCCUUCAGGACGAGGCCGUGAAGAUCUUCAAUUCCCUGCAGGAAAUGGAGAUCAUGUCUGACCCCGUGCCCAUCAUCCAGGGUAUCCUGCAGACCUGCCAGGACCUGCGAGAACUGCGUGACGAGGUCUACUGUCAGCUGAUCAAACAGACCAAUCACGUCCCCCAGCCCAACAGCCCCGGAAACCGUGCCCACUGGCACCUGCUCACGUGCAUGAGCUGCACGUUCCUGCCCAACCGCGCCAUCCUGCGCUACCUCAAGUUCCACCUGAAGAGGAUUAGGGAACAGUUCCCAGGGACUGAGAUUGAGAAGUACGCCCACUUUACUGGAGAGUCGCUGAAGAAGACCAAGUCCAGAGAAUAUGUGCCCUCUCAGGAGGAGGUCAGUGCACUGCAGACGCGGCAGGAGAUGACCACCACGGUGUACUGCCACGGGGGAGGGUCCUGCAAGAUCUCCAUCAACUCCCACACCACUGCUGGAGAGGUGGUGGAGAAGCUCAUCCGUGGUCUUGCCAUGGAAGACAGCAGGAACAUGUUCGCCCUGUUCGAGCACAGCAGCGUCACCGAUAGGGCCGUGGAGAGUCGCGUCAUAGUGGCUGACGUGCUGGCCAAGUUCGAGAGGCUGGCAGGGAGUGAGGAGGGGGAAGAGGUAGGCCAGUGCCGCCUUUAUUUCAAACUCUACUGCUUCCUGGAUGUGGAGAGCAUGCCCAAGGAGGGAGUGGAGUUUGCCUUCAUGUUUGAGCAGGCCCAUGAGAGCCUGAUCAGUGGCCAUUUCCCUGCGUCAGAGGAGACCCUGCAGCACCUGGCCGCCCUGCGCCUGCAGUACCUUCACGGCGACGUGGGUCGCGGCGGCUGGAGCCUGGAAACCAUCUACCCCGUGGGGCGCCUGCGGGCCCGCAUCCUGCAGUCAACCAAGGCGGGUGCGGGCAGCGGGGCGGCCGGGGCGGGGGCGGGAGCGCCCGGCGCGGCGGGGGCAGGCAGCCACACACUGGAGCGGCGGCGCACCAGCUUCCUGGAUGGUACCCUGCGACGCAGCUUCAAGACGGGCUCGCUGCGUAAGCAGCGCAUGGAGGACGAGCAGAUGCUGGAGAUGUGGGUGCGCGAGGAGACAUCGGCCACACGCGCCAGCAUCGUGGAGAAGUGGGGGCGCCUGCAGGGGCUCCCCCAGCACCAGGCCAUGCUGAAGUACAUGGCCGUCGUCAAGGAGUGGCCCGGCUACGGCUCCACGCUCUUCGACGUGGAGUGUAAAGAAGGAGGAUUCCCCCACGACCUGUGGCUGGGCGUGAGUGCAGAGAACGUGUCCGUGUACAAACGGGGGGAGCCCAAGCCUCUGGAGACGUUCCAGUACGAGCACAUAGUUUUCUUCGGGGCACCGCAGCCCAGCACCUACAAGAUCACUGUGGACGAGAGGGAGAUGUUCUUCGAAACGCCACAGGUCGGAGAAAUCGCCAAGAUAAUGAAGGCCUACAUCAACAUGAUCGUGAAGAAGCGCUGCAGCGUCAGGUCCGUGACGAGCUGCGGCAGCACCUGGAUCAGGUGAUCCGUCAGGCCCAAUCGGCGUCCGGCGUCCUCGCGGCGUGAGAACCCAUGUACCAGCGGCUGGUGGGUCCAGGAUGCUGACGUGUGUAAGCUGAUGGGGAAGCUGACCCAAAUACAUAGAAGAGCCAUUUCGUCUACUGUGAGCAAAACCCUAUGGGGGAGCCGUGCUAGCCGUGUUAGCCGUGUUAGCCGUGCCACAGCGCACAGACUGCGGCAGGCCGUGAGCACUGUCCCUCAUACAGAUCGCUGUUGCUGUUUUUCAAAGUGAGCAAACUGAAAUUUCAAACAAAUGGAGCACAAAAGCUUAACUAGUACACUCAUUACCUAACUACUGCCAAAACUCAACGAUGAGAUACUGAAGCCAUCUGCUCCUACUGGUCACCUGCACAUUAAUCAAGAUGCCUCACUUGCCAGCCAGUCUUGGAAGCACAGUCAUGUUUACAGUUGUACAGACUGAGCCCUGACUGUGACCCAACGGCCUUCGGUUCCCAGGGACAGCCCCAGGUUCCCCUUCCCGUGCUGCAUGAUCACAUGUCCUUCCAGGGUUCUGGUAUCAGGAGCUCACGUCCACUUGUGUCAAUAUAUGCAUCACCACUGCUGAGCCUCCAUACGAAUUUGUUUCGGGUUCAGCGCAGCGUGUGGCUGUUUCGUUAAUGUUGACUUAAGUACAAUUUCCACAGAACAGAUCAAAUAGGUUCAGCUGUACCUGCUUGUGUCGUGUGAAGAACGUGGUGUUUUUAGACUGUUACUUCUGCAAGGAUAUAAUUGUACGUCAAUGUCAUAAGGAAAAAAUGAUGCGAGUCCGUUUCUCAGCUGUUACAAAUACAACGAGCUUCUUUAUGAGCGGGAUGUGCGUGGUGGAGAAGCCCGAUACCCUGUAUGUGAAAAGCUGGAGUCAGCAUCCCUGAAAUCUCGAUGCCUUAAACAGUCGUACUGUUUAUCUCCCGUAAGUGACAUUCCCUCAAUGGGUUUGUUACUGCUUUAGUGAGCACAGAACACACAACCAUGACAAGCAAGGCCCCAGACUUGUCCCUACCAAUAUUGUGGGCGUCCUGUGUGUUUUUAUUGGGACGGGGGGUUUGGGCCUGAUUAGGUCCCUACCAAUGCUGAAACCAAACCUACACCCUUGGUGAAAAGCACAUCUUGCCAGACAACUAAUCUACAGUGACCAUGCAGUAGGAACAGUUGUCCCUCCUCAUUUCACUCUUCCUGGGCUAUUCCACGCUGGCAAAGUGGCAGCCAACCUUUGCCACUUUGAACAAAUUUGAGUAAAGACAUUAUAAUCAUACAGUAUUGUUGCAUUGCAUAAUUCACGAUACGUAUUUUUAAAAAAAAAACAAAAAAAAAAAAAAACAAAUAUGUUUAUAAAACAUUUAAAUAUCUGCCAUCUGAUGAGUAGCGUAUGCUUUCUUGUUAAGAAGUUUAAAUUGUUCUGUUAGUGUGAUGCAAGUUUUGUUUGGGAAUUGGAAAAAAAAAUGGGGGGAAAUGUGUUGUUAAAAGUCAAACAGACAUAAUGAGGAUGUUUAAAAUGUGUUUUAGAGUGUCUGGUGGUUUAGGGAAGAUUGAUUGGAUGUAAUGAUGGGGAUGGAUAUUUAUUCUAUAUCUAAAGUGAAUUGUAUAAAGAAAGAAAUGAGGGGGGGGGGGGUAAAAUGGGCAGAGCAUCCACCCUCACAGUAAAGAUGGAGAUUUUAGUGGGAUCAGGAGCACCCCCUUGUGGCUCGUAGUGCCAUUACCUGAGGAUCCGGAGAAAGGUGCCCGGACCUGAUGGACAGCACCUGCAGUCCUGCAUCUUACUGCUGUUACACUACGGGCACCAGGCAGCUGCUGGCAGCCACGCCUGGACUGGAAUGUAUGCAUUUACUAUUGUUAUUAUCACCAAUAAUGUGCUUGUUAAAAAAAGAGAGCGAGAGAGUACGUAAUUUUUUUGUAACUGGCUUUACAAAAUGCUUUAAUAAAUUAUUGGAUUUAAUCA